AAUGUGUCCCGUGUUUUUCUGACGUAAUCUCGCGGUAAACAGCGAGAGUGUAGUAGAAGCCGGUUUGGCGCAGUACGCGGUCACUCAGGUAGCGGUAAAUUAAUCCAUUUUAAUUGAAAACCUGCAGAACCUGACCCAGGUUCGGAUAAUUCUGGGUUCAUUUCGGACCCAGCGGACAUUCUGCUCUGUUUAAACCGGGUAAACGGGUUUUAGCGGCCGCUGGAGGCGCUGACAGUCCGGACUAUAAUCCCACUAACGGACCGUUUUUAUCGGAUUCGGCCCACGGAGGAGCCGUUCUGAGAACCGGACCAGAACCGAACAGGUUCUGCCCGGGAAUUGUGAGAGGCAGAUCCGGGUCAGGAGGACGGUUCUGGUUCAUAUUGUAGAAGCUGAACUGGGAUUGUUCUGGAGCAGAUGGAGGGAUAUGUGACGUGGUGCUAGUCUGUCCAUUGGUCCGGUUCGGUUCGACCCGGUUCAGUCGGAACUUCAUGAUCCAGCCGCAGGGGACCCGCCUGGUCGCCGGGCUGUUCUGCCAGUGUCGGUCCGCGGAGACCCACGCCGGCGUGGACCCGGGCGGGGGCUGCGGGCCGGCCCCGGUCAGCCCGCAGCCCCCCCCGGACUCCCGGUCCGGUUCGGACAUCCCGGACCAAGCGUGCGACGUGUGCGGAGGUCCGGAGCAGGAGCACCGGCUGAAGGUUCUGUUCGAGAUCCUGGACGUGAACGGGGACGGCGGGAUCUGCGUGAACGACCUGAGCAUCGGCCUGAAGAAGCUGGGGGUCCACCGAACCGAGCACGAGCUGCGGCGCAUGGUGACGGCGGGCGAUAAGGACCUGGACGGCCAGCUGGACUUCCAGGAGUUCGUUCAGUAUCUCCGGGAUCAUGAGAAGAAGCUGCGGCUCGUCUUCAAGAGUCUGGACAGGAAGAACGACGGCCGGAUCGACUCGCAGGAGAUCAUGCAGUCGCUGCGGGAUCUGGGGAUCCACCUGACGGAGGAGCAGGCCGAGGAGAUCCUGAGGAGAAUAAGGGCGGGGUUCAUCUGGACCCCGGUCCUGCACAUGGAUAAAAACGGCACCAUGACCAUCGACUGGGACGAGUGGCGGGACUACCACCUGCUGCACCCGGCCGACAACAUCCCCGAGAUCAUCCUGCACUGGAAGCACUCCACGAUCCUGGACGUUGGCGAGAGCAUCGUCGUCCCGGACGAGUUCACCGCGGAGGAGAAGAAGACCGGCAUGUGGUGGCGCCACCUGGUGGCCGGAGGAGGCGCCGGCGCCGUGUCCCGGACCUGCACGGCGCCGCUGGACCGGCUGAAGGUUCUGAUGCAGGUCCACGCCUCCAAAACCAACAGCAUGCGCAUCGGCAGCGGCUUCCUGCAGAUGAUCCGCGAGGGCGGCGUGCGCUCGCUGUGGAGAGGAAACGGCAUCAACGUGAUCAAAAUCGGUCCAGAGUCCGCCAUCAAGUUCAUGGCCUACGAGCAGAUUAAACGGCUCAUCGGGAGCAACCAGGAGACGUUGGGGAUGACCGAGAGGUUCGUGUCAGGAUCUCUGGCUGGGGCGAUCGCCCAGAGCAGCAUCUACCCCAUGGAGGUUCUGAAGACCCGGUUGGCCCUGAGGAAGACGGGUCAGUACUCUGGGAUCCUGGACUGCGCCAAACACAUCCUGCAGAGGGAAGGCGUGGCGGCGUUCUACAAGGGCUACGUCCCCAACAUGCUGGGCAUCAUCCCGUACGCCGGCAUCGACCUGGCCGUCUACGAGACCCUGAAGAACUCCUGGCUGCAGCGCUUCGCCACGGACAGCGCCGACCCGGGAGUCUUUGUGCUGCUGGCCUGUGGCACCACCUCCAGCACCUGCGGGCAGCUGGCCAGUUACCCGCUGGCGCUGGUCCGGACCCGGAUGCAGGCGCAAGCCUCGCUGCCGGCCGGCCCCCAGCUCUCCAUGUCGGCCCUGUUCCGGCUCAUCGUCCGUACGGAGGGCCCGCUCGGCCUCUAUCGGGGCCUCGCCCCGAACUUCAUGAAGGUCGUCCCGUCCGUCAGCAUCAGCUACGUCGUCUACGAACACCUCAAGAGGUCGCUGGGGGUCCAGUCCAGGUGAACCGGACCCGACCGGAACCUUCGACCCAGAACCGGUUCUGAUCUCUGAACUCGGUGACCCGGAUCGGACCGGAACCGACCCGCUGAUCUUCAUCAUGUCUGAUGAGGAUGAUGAUCCGGUUCCAUCUGGUUCUGGACCAUUAAGACGAACCGGUUCUGUUCUGGUGGACCAUCUCAGCUCCUCCGGGUUUGAGGUUCUGGAUCAGAACCAGAACCGCCCUGUCCCGUCUGACCGGGAUGGAUUCCCUCCAGAACUCGACCCAGAUCAAACCCAGAGGGACGGGUCAACAGAACCUCAGCGGCACCACGCGGACACCGGGACUCCGUCACCAUGGCAACCAGCAUCACGUCAUUUCCGGUAACAUGAUCCCAGCAUGAGGCAUUCAUGUUGCAUGGGAAAACUCAAACCUUCCUGAUCAUAGAAACUAGAAACACUCCUGAACUCACAGAACUGAUUCCCUACCGGACCGAACCGGCCGGAUCCGAACGGACCGGACCGGUCCGGUCCGGUCCCCUCAGCUGGUCUCUUCUAUUUAUUUCAGUAUUUAUUGGUUUCGCUGAUCAUGAUGAAACUGAUUGUUUGGAUCGAACCAGAAGGUUCUGCUUAAAACUGAAACACUGAAUGUUUUCAUUCUCUGACCCAUCAGAACCACCAGAACCAUCAGAAUAAAGGCUGGAAUGUUUCACUCUG